AUGCUCAGAAAAUUUGUAAAUAGGGAAUUUCUGCACAUCUCAAGGAGUUUUUACAUUGGGUCCAUAUUAAGUAAUACGAGACGACUGACAUCUGUAAAGAAUACCGUUAAAGAACCUAGUCGGGAUACAGAUAAUAGGCAGAAUUCUGAUGUAAAUAAAAGUACUACUGAUAUUAACUUGGGAAAUUCGGAAUUAAAGGCUGGGACACUAAAUACAUCACCUCUUAAGGUAGCAAGUGAUGCAUGCCAUGAUGUUAUUAUUAUUGGAGGGGGGGUUACUGGAACUGCCUUAUUUUAUACACUAUCACGUUUUACGAAUUUAAAACGUAUUUGCUUAAUAGAACGUCAUGGAGAUGUAUCUCAAGUUGCUUCAAAUGGACGGAGCAAUAGUCAAACUAUUCAUUGUGGCGAUAUUGAAACAAAUUAUAAUUUGGAAAAAGCUCGUAAAGUACUUAGGCAAGCUAAUAUGUUGAGAAAUUAUGCUACAAAACUUUCACCUAGCAUGAGAGAUCAAGUAAUAUUCAAACUUGGUAAGAUGGUACUUGGAGUAGGUGAACUUGAAUGUGAAAUAAUUGAGAAACGUUUUAAUGAAUUUAAGUUCUUAUACCCACAUAUGAAUUUACUUGGAAAAAGAGAGAUAGGUGAUAUAGAACCAUGUAUAGCUUAUAAAAAUACUAUUACAUAUAGACCAGACCCUAUUGCAUCGAUUUAUGUUCCUGAUGAGCAUACAGGAGUGGACUAUUAUCAAUUAGCUAUCUCUUUUUUAAAGGGAGCUACUGAAGUAUGUGAGAAUUCUAAAGGAAAGCAUCUAUUAACAUGUAUGAAUACAAGAGUUCUAGAUAUUAUUAGAAUGUCAUCAAAUGGAGAUCUAUAUAAGGUUAUCACAAAUAGAGGUGAAUUCUAUGGUAAAUAUGUUGUUGUAAGCGCAUGUGGAUAUUCUUUAUUAUUUGCAAAGAAACUUGGUUAUAAUUCUAACCUAAGUUGUCUCCCAGUUGCUGGAAGCUUUUACUUUUCUUCUAGACCUUUUCUUAAUGGCAAGGUAUAUACUAUUCAAAAUCCUGAAUUACCAUUUGCAGCUGUUCAUGGUGAUCCAGACCUUAUAAUGAGGGAUACAACUAGAUUUGGGCCAACUGCACUUCCAUUACCUUUAUUGGAACGCAACAACUUGGGAUCUAUUGUCGACUUUUUUAAAAUAGUAAAUCCAGAUUUAAAUCUUGCUUUGGUUUAUAAAGAUUUAUUCUGUAAUUCUAGUUUGCGUAAUUAUGCAUUAAGAAAUAUACUCUUUGAAGUUCCAAUUAUCAACAAAAACUUAUUUAUUAAAGAUUGCAGAAAGAUCAUCCCUAGCCUAGAAUCUAAAGAUAUUAAAUAUGCUCAUGGAUUUGGAGGAAUUAGACCUCAAAUUAUUGAUAAAUCAAAGCGAAAACUCUUAUUGGGUGAAGGUAAGAUAACAACUGAUGAGGGUCUGAUAUUUAAUAUUACUCCUUCUCCUGGUGGUACUACUUGCCUUGGAACUGCGGAGAAUGACAUGAGGAUUAUAUGUAAUCGACUUGGGGCUCAAGUUGACGAAUUGGAAUUUAAAAGGACUCUUCUUCAAGGAGAUUAUUCGACCGACUAA